CAAGCGUUGUCAAGGAAUGAUAUUGACGAUGCAACACCGAUUGCGAGGUGGCGAACGAUGCAACAGAACUAUGGUGGUGGAUUUCACUCGAUGCAGUACCACGCUGACUAUUGUUAUCCCGAUAGUUCUUUCGUAUCAGUCCGUGUGUAUUCCUGGGCGAAUGUGCUCGUAUGGUCUCAGGAGUUGCGGAGGUCACGGCUCUGGGACAGCCGUUUCAUCGCCCUAUGCUGCAGAACCUGCCCCGGAAGAGAGAGCCCAGAGAAUUGCCAAAGCUGUCCGCAAACAGUCAAUAGAAGUGAAGGAAAAUUGGGAACAACUGAAAAUCCGUGCGAGCAACUGGCAGAAACAGGUGGAAAAGGCGUUGGAGAAACUUCAAGAACUGCUGAAAGCUCUGGAUGAUCUUGAGGCUCACGUGAUAACAGCUGAGGGGGUCCACACUGAUUGGCAACCUGUGAGUGACCUGCUUAUUGACUCAUUGCAGGAUCACAUUGAUAAAACCACAGCUUUCCUGGAGCAAGUCUGUUUUCCUUCGGAUGAGACGACUUUCAGACAUACUCCCUUUAUUAUGAGAUUCCAGUUACUGGAUUCCAGUUCCCUCUCCCCAUCCCCCUCUCUGAUGAAGGGUCUCGGCCCGAAACGUCAGCUUUUGUGCUCCUGAGAUGCUGCUUGGCCUGCUGUGUUCAUCCAGCCUCCCAUUUUAUUAUCUUGGAAUUCUCCAGCAUCUGCAGUUCCCAUUAUCUCUGGUAUCAAUGUGGACUUGACCAGCUUCAAAAUCUCCCCUUCCCCAACUGCAUCCCAAAACCAGCCCAGUUCUUCCCCUCCCCCUACUGCAUCACAAAACCAGCCCAGCUGUUCCCUUCCCCCGACUGCAUCCCAAAACCAGCCCAGCCUGUCUCCGCCUCCCUAACAUGUUGUUCCUCUCACCCAUCCCUUCCUCCCACCUCAAGCCACACCUCCAUUUCCUACCUACCACCUCAUCCUGCCUCCUUGACCUGUCCGUCUUCCCUGGACUGACCUAUCCCCUCCCUACCUCCUCACCUGUACUCUCCUCUCUACCUAUCUUGUUUUCUCUCCAUCUUCGGUCCGCAUCCCCCCCCUCCCUAUUUAUUCCAGUUCCCUCUCCCAUCCCCCUCUCUGAUGAAGGGUCUAGGCCCGAAAUGUCAGCUUUUGUGCUCCUGAGAUGCUGCUUGGCCUGCUGUGUUCAUCCAGCUCCAUACUUUGUUAUCUUGGAUUCUCCAGCAUCUGCAGUUCCCAUUAUCAGUGGCAUUUUCCUCUUCAUCAAAGUUUGUGCAAAAGCAACACGAUAUGGGGGGGCACGGUGGCUCAGCGGUUAGCACUGCAGCCUCACAGCACUGGGGACCCAGGUUCAAUUCCAGCCUCAGGCUACUGUCUGUGUGGAAUUUGCACCUUGUCCCUGUGUCUGCGUGGGUUUCCUCCAGGUGCUCCGGUCUCCUCCCACAG